ACAAAUGCAGAGGAUGGAGCGCAGAACGAUAAAGAAUGUUGAAUUUUAAUCUAGUUUGUCUUUUCGUCACAUUAUAGUGAAAUAUUAGAGUUUUUUGUGUUAAAUGCUCGUUGGUUUGGGGUAGAUCUCUUUUAGCGGCAUGAAAGGAUCGGAAAUGCAAAGUUUAUUGUGCAUGUUGUUUUUUGCUUCAGUGUUGCCAGUCUCCUGGUGCGCACACGGCAGGUUCGCCCAGAAGCUCCUUAAUGAUCUCUUUGACAACUACACCAGCGCUCUAAGGCCGGUAGAGGACACAGAUGCCAUCCUGAACGUCACCCUGCAGGUCACACUCUCGCAAAUCAUCGACAUGGAUGAACGAAACCAAAUACUGACAGCCUAUUUGUGGAUACGACGAGUGUGGCUGGAUGCUCAUCUCAAAUGGAGUAAGGAAGACUAUGAUGGACUCGAUACCAUCCGUAUACCUAGCAGUUAUGUAUGGAAACCCGAUAUAGUCCUAUAUAACAAUGCCGACGAUCACUUCACAGGCCCCAUGGACACCAACGUGGUAAUCAGCCAUGAUGGCCAGAUCAUGUGGGACUCGCCGGCAAUUACCAAAAGCUCUUGCAAGGUGGAUGUGUCCUUUUUUCCCUUUGAUGCACAGCAAUGCAGGUUCACCUAUGGCUCAUGGACCUACAAUGGCAACCAGCUGGAUAUCCUUAACGCCAUGGAGAGUGCCGAUCUGGCAGACCUGGUGGACAAUGUGGAGUGGGAAGUCCUUGGCAUGCCGGCCACCAGGAAUGUCAUAUUGUACGGCUGCUGCGCUGAUCCUUACCCUGAUGUCACGUACACCUUAAAACUCAAGAGGAGGGCGUCUUUCUAUGUCUUCAACCUGCUGAUACCGUGUGUGAUGAUCUCGUUUCUAGCUCCACUGGGCUUCUACCUGCCUGCCGACUCUGGAGAGAAAGUGUCUUUGGGGGUCACCGUUAUGCUGGCGUUGACUGUCUUUCAAUUGUUGGUUGCGGAGAUCAUGCCACCCUCGGAGAAUGUACCACUGAUUGGCAAGUACUACAUAGCCACCAUGACCAUGAUUACUGCCUCCACUGCCUUGACCAUUUUCAUCAUGAAUAUUCACCACUGCGGCCCAGAUGCCAAGCCUGUACCCAAGUGGGCCAAGAAAGUCAUCUUGCAGUACAUGGCGAGAAUGUGCUUUGUUUACGAGGUCGGGGAGAACUGCAUGUCUCCACAGUCGGAGAAAAGGGAACCAUCAAUGGUGAGGAACCGCAACAUGAACGGCCUGGCGGGUGCCCGCGGAGCAGAUCGGAACUUAGGGAUAGAGGGAUUUUGCUCCGUGACCACAGAGGAAAGACAAGACUCGGACCCUAGCAACUGCUACGAUUCCUGGAAAAAUGGAACCUUCGUCGACAUGGACUAUGACGACUUGUGUGACGCCAAGAGAUGUCGGAAAGGUGGCGUGAGUGACGGGGAGCGGUCACACGGGGCCCCCUGCAAUGAGAAGCGUCUGAUUUUGCCUAACGUGGAAUACAUCGCCAACUGCUACAGGGAGCAAAAGGCCACUCAGAAGAGAACCGGCGAGUGGAAGAAGGUGGCCAAGGUGCUGGAUCGCUUCUUCAUGUGGUUGUUCUUUAUCAUGGUCUUCUUCAUGAGUCUUCUUAUUAUGGGCAAAGCCAUCUGACAGAUGGCACAUUUGUUUAACGGAGUCAUCCUCAAUGACAGUGCUUUACACAGCGAACUCGUUGUGUGAAACAUUGGUAUUGAUCAAUAUUUGUUUAACCAUUUUUUUUAAAGAUAAAAGGAAAAAAAUCUCUGUUACCUACCUGAGCCAAUUGAUGCAUAUGUCUUUGUUGAAAUCAAAUAUGAAGUAAAAAAUAUAUCAAUAAAUAAGCUAUAAACUUUGGAUUCCAUGGAAUAUGGAUAAUAUGAUAGAUUUGAUCAAAUGAAUAUUGAUUUCCACUCAAAUCUUAUUCGUACAAACCUAUUUCUUUUAGUCAUAAUGUGUUAUCGAGGAACAGAUAGGGGACUUGCCAGAUCAAAGAGUUAGAUUCAUGUGCAAAAAAAAAAAAAAAAAGAAUGGAAUUGUUUUGUUUGCCGUGCAUAAGCAAAGGAAUCAUUUAGCUUUGUUGUUAAUAACAAUUGUUUGUUAGAACAUUAAAAAAAAAAAAAAAAACUCCCUCUCAACUUGUUUUGAGUGAUCCAAAUACAGUCAAUAAAAUUUCUCUACUUAAAGGGAUCCUCGAUCUUUAAGACAAGUAAUUCUUAAAAGAUACAUGUUAGUAUGAGUAAUAAUAAUUUGAAAUUAAAACCCCUCUUAAAGGGUAUGACAACACCUGGGGAAAUGCUAAUAUUCCAUCAUUUAUCCAUAAACGCAUGCCUUUUGGAUUCAUAUCAUGCCACUUCCUGUACUUACACACAUCGCAACACCAAGAAAAUGAUAGAAAUUUGGAUCGAUUGUCAAGCUAAAACGACCGGUGCCCGAGAUCCCGGAAAUCUAGCGUAUUAUGUGCGUGACGUCACAACAAGGAAACACACGGCUCAGUGCUUAGUACUUAAUGGCGGCGAUAAUGGCGCACAAUUUUGUUUCUAGUUGCAGCGACGAAUCCGACGUAACGAACGUUCUUCUAAUGGUGACGAGGAGAGUUAUGAACCUUUCUUUGGUGUUUUGGGGUAUCAAUUUGAGCCCAAACGAAAGCCAAUGCAGCCUAAUGAAAGGAUCAUUGAGGGGAGCAAUCACACUGAUGAAACACCGGCGGCAACAGAAACACCGAAUGGUUUGUUUUGCAUUUCUUUUUGUGAAGCUGAUACACUGUGACCGCAAAAUAAAGAAAUAUAUAGAAUAAUUAUCAUUUAUUGUGCUAUCAUACAUUUUCGCUCUGCCAACAGACACAAAUAUGAAUGGGAUUUGAGGAUUUGUUGUAUAUAUUUUACGAGCGAUAAUUUAUACAUGUGUUCAGUCCAAUAUCCAAUGGGUGCAGGGCCGGCCCAGCCCAUUUUGGGGCCUAAGCAAAAUAAAGCAAAGGGGCCCAUAUUUUUGGCCCACCAUUUCGUCAGUGUAUUGUGAAACCCAUACAUGCAAUCCAACCCAUACGUCCAUAUUUUGUAUAUUAAUCAGAUUUUGUUGCACUGCAGACUUCAAACUUCUCACCCCAAAUGAUUGUCAGUACUUACAGUAGAUAGCGCCAAACCUUUUUCCAAAAGAGGAAAGAAAGAAGUUAAGGAAGAAUUUGUAUUUUUUAAGCUUGUAAUCAAGUAUCAAAACUCACAAAAGUAAAAUAAAGCAAACUGUAGUAAACAAAAUAGAAUAUGAAUUAAACAAUUGCCAGAUUGGGGGCCCCCUAGUGUUCAGGGACCCUAAGCAGCUGCAUAGGCUGGGCCGGCUUGAAUGCGUGAUAUGUUUUUUAUUAUAAACAGGGGUGCACAUAAUUUUUUUGCCCAGGUUCUCAGAGGAGGACCUGGAGAUGUGACUUGGUCCUCAUUGAGCUUGAGAGCCGACCCGCCUGAUGCGAUAAAUUUAUGACAAGCUUUACUUAGAGCCAAUUAACUUUAAUUAAUUAUAUUAACAAUUAAUGCUUGAUUAACAUCAACUGGCACAACAAAAUUGCCAUUACUUUGAAGUGAAAUGUAAAGAAAUAAGAAGCACCAAUUCAAAAUAAAGGGCAUUAUGCGGCUCCCACAUUAACUCCAAGCCUUUUUAAAAGUGGGAUAUCCUCCUCAUAAGACCUCAUUGAACGUGCAUGUUUAGCUUUGUAAAAUGCGAGCAAAAACACGUUUGUCAGUGCAUGUCGCUGUUCAUUACCUUUAUUCCGCCACUUGUCCAUAGGGCGAGUGGGGUCCUGUUUGACAUCGAUAGUUUGCUUAAUUGCCACAUGCUCUGUUUUUUUCGUGCUUUUCAAAGUUUGGAUGGCUGAAAUUCUUUGACCCUACAUAAAAUGCGCUGCUCUUAUCGGCGACAUUGGGAUUCUCACGGCACAUUUUGUACCGCAUUUCCGUGCGAGCAUCAUUUGCUGUAGCCACUUUUCAGCAAAAGUCCUUUUUUUCGGUAGCUCCGGUGACGUCUCUGUCGUCUGUCUGUCUUUUGACGGGGUGGGGGAACACGGAAGUAAUUUAGUGAUGGCCAAAUGAAGCCUCAUGAAGCAAUGAAGCUUUGCAGCCAAUUGGUUUGCACAUGUAGCAAAGCUUCAUGGUGCUUCAUUUACCCUAUGGCGCCAUCAAGUGGUCUAGAAGCCCAAGAGGUCAACAUUGUUAAGAAUUCAAUGGCUAUUUGCUUAAGACAAAGAUAAGAAUGUGCUUGUGUUAGUAAUUUAGUAUGUGAACAAAAUACAGCAAGUGCUAAGGGUAAUUUGUUAUUCAUUUUUAUUUAGAAAUAAUAGCUUUCCCACAGUGGCUGGCUUUAAACAAUUUCUUUUUUUUUUUUUGGAAAAUAUUUCACCAGCUUUAGAAAAUAUUCUUUCACAAGGCACAGAUGAAGCUGGGGUGCAGAGAAAUGUGAGUGCCAGUUUAUAUAAAUUUGGGUAGGUAUUCAUUUGUGCCUCCCAGUACACUAAUGGAUUGUUCAUUCUGUUGAUGUUUGGUUCAGAGAGGUACACACACACACACACACACACACACUCACAUUUAUAUUAAAGUAGUUUUUCUACCUUACCUUAUUGAAAGCAAUCAAAUCAAAAUGUUCCCAUACAGGGGAGGAUCGCUCUUUUCGCGCAGGUUCCAUCGCAAGCAAAGGACAAGGCUCAUGCGCAGCCCAUCCCUCCUCCCGCCGCCCAGCAAAGGAGCCAUCGUCCCCCCCCGGGACCCCGGGUGGUCCCCUGGGCCACCCGCGCGCCCAUCAACCGGCCUUCAGGGAU